CCCUCCGCCAUUUGAUCCACAACAAACAAACGAUCAAUCAGUUUCACCUCUUCUUCUCAUCCAACAAAUUAAUUGAACCAUCCCCGCGGCCAGUAGAGAAAUGGAAUUCAGAAUCAUCGGUUGUGCUAAUUCCGACGAGAACCAGCCUUCGGCAAUUCGCUGCCCCGUCAAACGCUGCGGUGGAGACACCAGAUCCAUGGCGGCUGCAACUGCCACCCCGCCGGUUGACGUGAUGGAAUACCCCAACUCCUACGUGUUCGCCGUCGACGUCCCGGGGCUGAAAUCCGGCGAUGUCAAGGUCGAGGUUGAGGACGCGAAUAUUCUGACGAUCUCCGGCGAGAGGAAGCGCCACGAAAAAGAAAUGAAGAAUGAAGAAUGGCCCAAGUACUUGAAACUGGAGAGGAAGGCCGGCAAGUUUACGAGGAAGUUUGUCUUGCCGGAAAAUGCGAACGCAGAUUCGAUUUCUGCCGUUUGCCGAAACGGAAUUCUGACGGUGACGGUGGAGAAAAUGGUGCCGGCGGAGCCCAAGACCAUUCAAGUCCAAGUUGCUUAAUUACAAGCUUCAUUAAUUGUUGUAUUGUCCUAUAAUAAUUGUCUUCGUUUCUAUUUCUUUUAUAAAUUGUAUUUGUGUGGUGUAUUAAUUAAUAAAUUGUAUUUCCCAAUUGAAAUAAACAAACCUUUGUCUCUAGACACCUGUUUGCUUGUAAAUG